AUGACAAGUGAUUUCUUUCAUCUUGAGAGUGAAUUGAUUAGUGCAUUAACAUCAUCGGUUUCAUUUGGAAGAUAUGUAGUUUCAGAAGAAUCAUUGGAAUGUAACAAAUGUUCUUCGUCGUUGUCGGGGAAUAAAUACUUGGAAGAAGCUAAGAAAAUAUCAAAACCGGGGUCGGUGAAAGAGUUGAAAGAUUAUUUUGAAUCAUAUUACAACAAAGUAGAACCGAAGAAAAUUGUUGCUGUUGCUGCACCAUUGCCGGUUCAAUCAAGCCCCGAAGAUAAUAAUAAAAUUGUUGUUGUUGAUGCACCAUUGCCCGUUCAAUCAAGCCCCGAAGAUAAUAAUAAAAUUGUUGUUGUUGCUGCACCAUUGUCGGUUCAACCAAGUCCGGAAGAUAAUAAUAAUAAUGACGAUGAAGAUGAUGAUGAUAGUCGCAUUUAUAUUAAUCAAGACUUGGUCUUAGAAGGAACAAGAAGAAAGGUUACCCAUGAUCUUAAUAGUAAUGGAGAAGGAAGUAAUGGAUUGGUAAAAACAGAGCCAAUAAUUGACAAGGCUUGUUCAAUUCCAUUUAAGAAAUUCAAGGAUGUUACACUAGUCAUACAACAACAACAACAAAAAACCUCAACAAUCAAGGAUGAUGUUGUUGAACAUAAAUCAUCAUCUUCAAGAGAAAAGAAGAAAGAAAACAUAAGUUCCUCCAAGCUUAAUUCUUUCAUUCAUGGAAGAUCAUUCAAUCCUAAACCAAGGCAGCCAACAAUCAGUUCAACACCAAUUGCUGCUAAACCUAAACCAAAACCAAGGCAGCCUACAACUAAUUCAACACCAAUUGCUGCUAAACGAGACAUUCCUCCUCCUCCUCCUUCAAGACAAUUCAAGAAAGACAACUUCAUUUCUACUACACAUUCCAUCAAGAAUUCUAGGACUACGAGUAACUUUGCGAGAAGUAAAAAAACAACUUCUUCCUUUUCACUUGAAGAAGUUGUCGGGUCUUGUAAUAAGUCACGAUCAUCGCAACAAGGAAGCAAACAAAAACCAAGUGUUAGCCAUCUUCAAGAAUUAGUUGAAGUGGACUAA